CCACCUGGCCGGAACGGCAAGGACCAGCUCUCGGGCGCCGCCAGCCGCCACCUCGCCGCCUUUUCUCUGCGCCCCCGCCCCUCUUCGACCCUGAGCCCGCCUCGCGUCUCCCAUUGGCUGUCUCCCAUUCUCCCGCCCCUCCCAGGCUCAGCCAUUCGGAGCCCCGGGGUGGGUGGGGCUUGAGGCCAGGGGUGGAGCGCGUAUCCCAAUUGGCUCGGAGGAAAGUGGCGACGUGGCCGGAGGAGGCCUGUUCGUGCCUAAACUGAGGCUCAACCAGACCAGCGCCGGAUUGGUUGUAGGUGGGGCGGGCCUGAGUCGCCGGCCGGAAGCGGAAGUGGAGGAAAGAUGCAGGUGUGGGGACAGGACCAUCAGCACGUGCCCAUCGACAUCCAGACCAGCAAGCUGCUCGACUGGCUGGUCGACAGAAGGCACUGCAGUCUGAAAUGGCAGAAUCUGGUAAUGAGCAUCCGGGAGAAGAUCAACGCUGCCAUCCAGGACAUGCCAGAGAGCGAGGAGAUCGCCCAGCUGCUCUCUGGAUCCUACAUUCACUACUUCCACUGCCUGAGGAUCGUGGACCUUCUCAAAGGCACUGAAGCUUCCACAAAAAAUAUUUUUGGCCGGUACUCUUCACAGCGAAUGAAGGAUUGGCAGGAGAUCGUAGCCCUGUAUGAGAAGGACAACACCUACCUAGUGGAACUCUCCAGCCUCCUGGUUCGGAAUGUCAGCUAUGAGAUCCCCUCGCUGAAGAAGCAGAUCGCCAGGUGCCAGCAGCUGCAGCAAGAGUACAGCCGCAAGGAGGAGGAGGGCCAGGCGGGGGCAGCCGAGAUGCGGGAGCAGUUCUACCACUCGUGCAAGCAGUACGGCGUCACGGGAGACAACAUCCGAAGAGAACUGCUGGCCCUAGUGAAGGAGCUGCCGAAUCAGCUGGCCGAGAUCGCGGCGGGGGCUCAGGCCCUGGGUGAAGCCAUUGACCUGUACCAGGCCUGCGUGGGCUUUGUGUGUGAAAGCCCUGAGGAGCAGGUGUUGCCCAUGCUGCGCUACGUGCAGAGGCGGGGGAACUCCACGGUGUACGAGUGGAGGACAGGGACCGAGCCCUCCGUGGUCGAGCGGCCGCACCUUGAGGAGCCGCCUGAGCCGGUGGAAGAAGACGCGAUCGACUGGGGUGACUUUGGAGUAGAGGCGGCUUCUGAAGGGACUGACUCUGCCAUCUCUGCCCAGGCUGCUGGCAUUGACUGGGGCAUCUCCCUGGAAUCAGACUCAAAGGAAGCUGGGGGUGAUGGGAUAGACUGGGGAGACGACGCCGCUUUGCAGAUCACGGUGCUGGAAGCCGGAACCCAGGCUCCAGAAGGUGUUGCUAGGGGCCCAGAUGCUCUAACACUUCUUGAAUACCCUGAGACCCGGAAUCAGUUCAUUGAUGAGCUCAUGGAGCUCGAGAUCUUCUUGUCCCAGAGAGCCGUGGAGAUGAGUGAGGAGGCAGACAUCUUGUCCAUGAGCCAGUUCCAGCUGGCUCCCGCCAUCUUACAGGGCCAGACCAAAGAGAAGAUGCUUACCAUGGUGUCGGCGCUGCAGGAUCUGAUUGGCCGGCUCACCAGUCUUCGAAUGCAACACCUGUUUAUGAUCCUGGCUUCACCAAGGUAUGUGGACCGUGUGACUGAGUUUCUGCAGCAGAAGCUGAAGCAGUCCCAGCUGCUGGCUUUGAAGAAGGAGCUGAUGGUGCAGAAGCAGCAGGAAGCACUUCAGGAGCAGGCGACCCUGGAGCCCAAGCUAGACCUGCUGCUGGAGAAGACCAGGGAGCUGCAGAAGCUGAUUGAAGCUGACAUUUCCAAGAGGUACAAUGGGCGCCCCGUGAACCUGAUGGGAACUUCUCUGUGACAUUCUCAAUGUUUCUACUGGCCCAUCUUCCCAGCCUUCAGGAAGGAGGGUGGGAAGCCAGGGCCGAUGGGGCAGGGCCCUUCCUGGCCAGAGAGAGGCAACUGGAAGCCAGGAAGCCACAGGAGGGAGCCAUCCCUAGAUGGUGACCUUGACACCCACUGCACUGUCUGGCAAGGAGCUGUCUUGAUGGGCCCUAUGGCCCGUCAGCCUGGAACCAUAGUUUCGGGCCCACUCAUCAUCUAGCUGGACUCAAUAAAAAAGGAAGAGACUCUUGCUUCA